CAGCGAGCGACCGCAGCAGCAGCAGCGAGAAGAAGAAGAAAAAGAAGAAUAAAAAGAAACGAAGUCGACUUAAAAUCUCGGGUUAAACACAGUCUGUAGCGGUUUGAACAGACCCGGCGGCCGAUGAUAGUGUGCGGGCCGGGUUUGAGGAUAUAACCGGCCUCCCCGUUCGUCUCUGUGUGUUUUUGGAGGGUUUAUUUUUUGCAGGUUUUAAGUCGGUAUUAAGCCCCCCCUCCCCGGUAUGUCGGCUGUGUUUGAAGGCGCUUCAGUGCCGGUGCAGCUGCACCUCGCUGCGAUCAGCCCUCAGGAGCUUGCCCAGAAGAUCAAAGCCUUCAUCAGCGGCAUGGACCCAGUGAAGGGUCACAAACUGCCCUUGAAGGACCAUGCCAGGUGCGCCGUCCUCCUGCUGCGGACCGUGCCGGCGUGCCGGGGCGCCGUGCUGGAGCACCUCUGCAGCGUUUUCGACGAGUAUGUGGGGGGCUACGUGCUGGACCUGGACUGCGACCUCGGGGCGGGAGGUCGAGGAGGAGGAACGGGAUCCGGAAACCUGGACGACAUCGUCCAAGAAAUCCACGCGGUCCUGUCCGAGUUCGUCCGCCUCAACCCCAAAGCCUGGGCCCCCCUGGUGUCGGGCUGGUCCAUCGACCUGAUGGGUUGCCUGAGCACCAAGUAUUCGAGCCGGCAGGGCGUCCCGCAUGCGGGGAGCCUCAAUGAGCUCUUGCAGUUCUGGAUGUCCUGCAAGGCCAGCAGGGCCCUGAUGGAGCUCUACAGCCAGUGCUUGACGGCAAUGAUCAGCAGCUGCCCGGACGCCUGUGUGGACGCUCUCCUGGACACUUCGGUGCAGCACUCCCCCCACUUCGACUGGGUGGUGGCCCACAUCGGCUCCUCCUUCCCCAACACCAUCAUCAGCCGGGUCCUCUCCUGCGGGCUCAAGGACUUCUGUGCCCACGGAGGAGGAGGGGGGGGGGCUGUCGACGGCUCUCCUCCCCCCCAGCCUUUCCCGGACACGCGGGUUCCCAAAAUUGCCUCGGUGGUCGGGAUCCUGGGCCACCUCGCCUGCCGUCACGCCGACAGCAUCAAGCAGGAGCUGCUGGGGAUGUUCCAGGAGAGCCUGGGGGCCGGGCCGGGGGGAGACCCCCAGCAGAGAGCCGCCACGGUCCCGUUCCUCCUGCAGCUGGCGGUCAUGUCCCCGGCCCUCCUGGGCGCCGUGUCCUCGGAGCUCGUGGACUCCCUGAAGCCCCCCGUGCUGAACCAGCUCCAGCAGCUCCUGGGCCCCCUGCCCAGGGAGGAGCGAGAGAACAUGAUCAGCCUGGCCGUCCACCUCCUGGGGCAGACCUCCUCCGGGUCUUUCAGGCUCCUGCGCUUCCUGGUCGACACGGCCAUGCCGGCCUCCGUGAUCAUCGCCGCGCCCGGGCUGGCCAUCCACGAGGGCGCGCGGGAGGCCUCUGAGCGCGUGGUGCAGCUGCUGCUGCUCAGCCUCCAGAACCUGGUCUUCAGCCUCGGGGGGGAGCCUCCCGGAGAGGCCAGGCCGCCGAUCCCCUUCCUGGACGGGCUGAGGCCUCACGUGCGCGAGCUGUGCGUCGAGACCCUGCGGCUGGAGAGGAAGCGCCACCUGUGGCUGCACCAGCUGCUGGCCCUGCUGGCCGUCCACGGGGGCCCCAGCUGCGCCACGGAGGCCCUGUGCCACAUGUUCACCCUGGCCCGCACCCAGGAGGAGCUGGGCCUGGCCGCGCAGCUCCACGCCGCCGUGCUCGUCUCCUCCUCCUCCUGCGUGGUGGCGGGGCUCCUGCCCGCCACGCUGCAGAGGUGCGUGGCUCAGAUCCACGCCGGGGGAUUGCCGGAUCAGCCACUGGCACAGCUGCUUAGCAACCUGGCGCUGAUGGCACAGUGGGACCAGCAGAGUAACAGCAACGCUACUAAGGAAGAUGGCAGCGUCGGCAGCGCCAGCUCCAUCAUGAGCGCCCAGGUUGCCCAGAUCGUCUCGUCCUCCCACCUCCACGACUUCAGCCCCCUGCUGCUUCACGACAGCCCCCUGGUUUCGGAAGCCGCCGCCUCCCUGCUGUCCUCCGUCCGCCUCCCCGGGGCCCUGCAGCCCGCCCGGCUCCUCAGCGUGGCGAGGGCGGCCGUGGCGCACUUCUUCCUCUCCUUGCGGGGCAGGGCGGGGGCAGCGGACUCGGCCCGGCUCCUGACGCGGCUGAGCUCCGUGUCCUCGCUGAGCCUCAAGGCUGUGCUGCAGCUGCUGGUGGAGGGGGCCCUGCUGUGGGGGGGCAACGCGGAGAUGUUCGGCGGGAAAAGGGAGCCCCUCUCCGGGGCCGCGACCCCUGCCGGAGCCCCCCCGGAAGGCGCCUGCCUGGGAGACGCCAGGGCGCCCCUCCUGGAGGUCAACCUCAAGUUCGGCUCGGCCGUCAGCUUCUCCAGCAGCGGUGGGGGCAGCGUGGGGUCCGUGUUCCACGCGGGGGUCGUGGGGCGGGGGCUCAAGCCCCGCCCUCCGCUGGCUCCGGCCGCCCCCAGCCCGCAGCCCGAGGAGACGCUUCUCAACCAGCACCUCUUCCUGGACGUGCUGACCCGCUGCUGCUGCAGCAGUACCAGCGGGAAGUACCACGCCAGCCCCAGCGGCGGCCCGGAGGAGCCCCAGGCGGCUCCCGUCAACCCGGAGGCGGCCAAGCUGGUGGCCGCAGCCCUGGCGGAAAGCGUCUGCCCGGACGUGGCGAACGGAGAGCUGCCCUGGCCCCCCGAGGACCACGCCCGGACCACGGUGGAGCGCGACAUCCGGGUCCGGCGGCGCUUCCAGGAGAACCCCCUGCUGUUCCAGCUGCUCUGGCUGGUGGCCGCCGGCCGGCCCGCCCUCUGCUACUGCUCCGUGGUCCUGCGCAGCCUGCUGGCCACCCUCCUGGCCCACUGGGAGGGCUCCCGGGAAGCCACGGCCCUGGCCUCGCCCUGGCACCUCCGCGCCUCCUCCGCCCUGGUGGCCUGCAUGGGGGAGGCCCAGCUGCUGCCCCCCGCGCUCGGCAACAUGCAUGAGGUCUUCCCCUUCCUCGCCCCCUUCGAAGUGCGCCUCCUGCUGCUCAGCGUGUGGGAUUACAUGCGGGAGAACAGCCCCCUGCCGCAGAGAUUCAGCUUCAGCGCGGAGACGGGACUCUUCUACCGGGACUUUGCAAGGGACGGGGACGUGUCCAAGUACCUGAGCGUCCUCUACAGCGUCCUGCACAAGAACGUGGACAGGCUGGGGCACCUGUGCGGGCGUUUCCAGCUCUGAGGGACAUCCGGGAACACACAAAAAAAACUCUUUGAAAUGUUUUGACGGGUCGGUCUUCUGGAUUGGAAGAGGAAAAAAAAAAACAUCGAUAUUUUUUAAUUUUAUUUUGGGCCGCUGUUUGUAAUUCUAAUCCAGCUGUUGUUUUCUGUCUCACCUGCAUAUUUCUUCAUUGUUCAUAUUGUUGCAUUUUGUAUUUUUCUGACACUGGUGUUUCAGUAAAUAGUUUUUGUGUGUGUU